CCCCCAAAAAAAAAAAAUAAUUACUAAAAAAGAAACUAAUUCCCUGCUCUUUUAUUUCUUCUUCCACUUCUCGAUUUUCUCUCCUCGUCAAAUCCGCGCCUCGUAGAGGGAGGCAAGAAUCGAGGGGUCCGGUGUUUUUUCUGCGGGAUCGUGGGGGAAUUUUUCCUCGGAUUUUUCCGUGCUCGUUUCCGCCGCGGGCGGCGUCGCAGAGUGUUUGAGAAAUAAUACGAGUCAAUGAAAUUCCGCAAAGGGACAAAGGUGGAGGUGUUGCAGAAGGGGGGUGCGCCAUUGGGUUCCUGGAGGCCUGCUGAGAUUGUUUCUGGCAAUGGACACACCUAUCUUGUAAGCUAUGGCUCAUGUCCAACUCAGGGUAGUGUGGCUGCGGAAAGGGUGCCAAGGAAGGCAAUGAGACCUUUGCGCCCACCCUUGGAUGGUAUUGUAUGCUGGGUCAAAGGUGAGAUUGCAGAAGUCUUUGACAGCUACACAUGGAAGGUUGCGGAAGUGGUGAGAUUGCUUGGUUUUAGUUACUAUCUCGUCAGGCUCCUUGGAUCCUCCCUGGAGUUGAAAGUACAUGCAUCCAAUCUUAGGAUAAGGCAGCUGUGGGAAGAUGGCAAAUGGGUUGCUAUUCCAAAGGAUUCUGCAAGAUUCCCUGGUGAUUCACCUAGAAGCCAGUUGAGAUGUGGAAAAGUUGGCCAUGAGUUGGUGCAUACUUCAAGGGACAACCGUCUUCUACUGAAGAAAAAGAAAGUAUAUGAGGGCAAUACUUCUCAGGGCUUGAAGAGAAAAUCAUCUGCACUAUCAGCUUUCCCCAUGCAGUACAGUGAAGUAAGUAAGAGAUUUCAGACAUCACAUAGAGAUGGAAGGUGCCUGCCUGUUGUUCCUGGAGGUUCUCUUCAUUUGAUGGAUAAGGUAGAUGCUGUUGAUUCCCAAUGCUUAGAGCUGGGCGAAAAAUACAUGCAUGAUUCCUUAAGUAAAAGAGCAAAUGGCUUUCAUAAAACAAAUUUGGCAGCAGUAAAAGCUAAUUUUGAUUAUCUGGAUCCUGCUGUAACAACUCAAGAUAGUGAUACUGAUAGUGUCGUUUCCUCUGUUGGUAGUUGCAAUCCCUGCGGUAGCCCCUAUGGAUCAACACAUCCUCAAGAGUAUGAUUGUGCAGAUAUUUGUAGUAGGACUGAUGAUGCUGAAGUUUCUGUAUCUGGAAGAGAAUCGUUUAGUAGGACUGAUGAUGCUGAAGCUUCUGUAUCAGGAAGAGAAUCACCUGCUCCUGUUAAUGAUGGUCUGAAAGAGAAAACCCAUUUGCUUGAGUUACAUGCUUAUCGUGCAACACUGAUGGCAUUAUAUGCGUCUGGGUCAAUUAGCUGGGAGCAAGAGGCUAUGAUGACUAAUCUGAGGCUUACAUUGAACAUCUCAACUGAUGAACAUUUAUCUGAGUUAAGGAGUUUGGUUUCCUCUGAAGUUCAUUCUAGAUAGUCAUAUGAAACAGUAGGUGUCUGUCUUGGUGGUUAUGUAGGCAUAUCACUUAUUUUACAAUUGCAGAGUCAUGGCCAGUGUUGAAACCACAUCCAGUUGGAGUACUUGAUGUUCUGUAUUAACCAUGGAAACAGGUUGUAUGAUAGAUUUACCAUAACUUCUCAAAUGCUACCUUUGCCCCAAUUAACUCAAGGCUUUCUUCUUUAAUGGAACUGUCUAUUUAACUUCAUAGUAUCUUGUAAUUGUUUUAUGCUGCUGGUGUUAGAACUUUUAUUUAAUGAUGAUGGCAUAUAUUACACCACUUGAUAAGUUUCUAUGAUUCCCUUUUGUGUUUUACAGUUAAACUGAUUAUAAUUCAAUAAUAUGAUAUCCAAUGAAAUUUGUUCUUGAGGUUGUCAACUUCAGCUAUCAACUAUUAUGUUUGCAUUGUGUUACUUUAGCGAUCCUAUUUGACCAUGUUGAGUUGUCCAUCCUUUGGAAUUCUUGUGCCAAAAGGUACAUAUACUGCUGCACUGUUGGUAGAAUACCCUUUAAAACACUACAUUAUGUGUAACUUAUUAUCUGAACAACAUCCUCCCCUCUUAUCCUAUCAUUAUCCUGAUACUGAUAGAUGACUACUAGCUGGUAACAGCAUUUUAUUCACUGCAUUAGAAGCCACACAUCCUUUUAAUUUCUUUUGGAUGAUUUGUUUUCCCUUGACAAUGGUGCUUGUGCUGCACUAGAACAACAAAGGAAAAUAUGACAUCUAAUGUUUCUCAUGCAUUUUCCAGGGCCGAAGUUGGAGGCUUGUAAAGCAUCCUUCGGUAGGUCCAUGUUGAUGGAGGAUUUUGUCACAUGGUCUACAUGGUGAUCAAUGUGGCAACAUUUCCAUCAAACUUUGGUUGGUAUAUACAAUUUUCCAUUUAUAUUAUUUCCACUUUUUUCUGCUCCACUAGAUUUUGCACGAAAAUGAAAAAUGAAAUUCGUUUUUAUAUUAAUCAACAAAUAAAUCUGAGUGCUAAAGUUCCACAUGCAUUGUUGCAACAAGAAUGUUAGUAUCAUGGUAGAGAAAAAAACUACGACCAGAGAAUCUCUAUCUAUUUUGCUCAGAAUAUGUUGAAAUUUCUUAUAGUGCUGUGUCUUAUCUUUUCCUGUUUUCUUUAUCUCUGGAACAAGAAUACCAAAAGGAGUAGUUAGAUAUACUAUCAGUGAAAAUUUCUUUAAAAAUGAGUAAAUUUCAGAUCACUUCAUGUAUAUGGUCCUAGUUGCAGAGAAAACUUGUUUGCUUGGCAAGUUGCAAAACCCUAGGUUAUGAAGUUUUUGGAUACCUUAUGACCAUAAAAUCUGCACUCUAGUGAAAAUAACCAAGAAAACUGGGUUCUGUACGACUAUGACUGUAGAGCAUUUUUUUCCGUUGAAACUACCAAGUUUGAACCUGUAAAAUGGUCCAGAACAAUGUGCAUAUAGCUUAAGUCGUAGUUUUGUUUAUGUUUCUUGCAAUCAGCAGGAUGAGGAGUACACCAUAAAUGUAAAAUUUAAUGUAUGUUUGAGUGCAAAAUUAUUAGUUAUAGAUACUUAGUUAUAUAAUUAUUUAAAUUGAAACUUGAUAAAUAUAUCAUGGUCACAAACUACACCAGUAAUAAAGUACGUAUGUGUGUUUUAUUUUGUGGAGUACUCUGUACUCUGUAGAGAUUUGUCCUAGUCAUGUUACAAUCUUAACAUUUCUUUUAAGAUUAGUCUCCGAAGUUCAUAUCUGUCAAAGUCUUGUAGUUAAUGUUGUCUUUACGAUAGUAAGAUUAAUUGGCCAUAUUCCAGAAAUUCAGGGAGAGCUUCCAUAAUGAUAUACUACUACUAUUUUGGCGAUACUGAGUGGUGAGCUGUAUGGCUGUACCUUCAACAUACUUUGAUGAGGUAGUGAAUCAGGUAAGUAGGCAUAUUGUUCAUUGUCAGGUGUCAGUAGACAGUACUUAUACAAUAUACUCGUAUUUGCUAAUUGUUUUCCGUGACGUAAACUGUAUAUCAUAAGUACUUCCUGCUACGCGAUUUGACUCUGACAAGUGUUAGCACAUAUGUGGUAAUGCAGAAGUUAUGUACAGUUUCUUAUUAACAGACAACAGUUAUGAAGGAGACAUGAUUCCAUAUCUGGCCUUGUUGCUGCUGCUGAUGGUUUGGUCAUUUAUGUGCAUGUCCUUUUACAUGAUUGUUCUUGGUGUAUAUAUAAUUAAUCUGGUUCAUUGUUCUGUUUCUUCUUUUGUCUUAAAGAAAUUUUAUAUCAUGUCCUGUAUAGUGAUAACAUUCAGUUUUCUUCCUGUGCAUAUCGUGGCGCUUUAGAUCACUGGUAUUCUCUGAGAAUAUCACAAUAAUGAUUCUACAUAUGAAAUGAAUAUUGGACCAUUCAAUACACCUAGCCUAUGUGUCAACUGGAACAUUUUUUUUCUAUCUUUACAAAUGCAAGAACAUGUAAUGGGAUGGAUUUUUUUUUUGUCACAUAUAAAGUAGUCACAUACAAAGGUUGGCAAAUAACAAGCUACCAAAGCAGCAACGUGGGAAAAUAUAACUGAGGAGAUGCAGCAACGUGUGUAAAAUAUAAUGGAGGAGAGGAGGAUCACUGUGGUGCACAAAAGCUUUUUUUUUUUGUUGUUGUUGUGAAAACUAAUUACAACUUUUUAUAGCAUGUAUGUAUGUACACAAUAAGAGGGUGAAAUGUAAAGCAUUAACUGAACAGCUGAUGUAUACAUGACUUGUUUCUGAAGCAGUAUGGAAUAUAAUCCUCUUUUUCAGCCAGCCUUUUUACUUGCAACUAUAAGCCAGAAAUGCUUGGGAGUCUGAAUCGAGACAUUAUUUUCAAUCAAGACGUAGUCUUAAUGUUACUAAACUAUUGAAGAGUUUUUUUUUAAAAAAAAAAUGGUGACACAAGUGUGGAUGAAGUGAACCCGAGCAAAUUUUGACUUGUCUAUAUUUGAUACUUAAACCACUCCUGCAAUUUUAAUAACUCAUGAUAUUUAUUUCUAUCUACAAAACAUACAAAGUUUUGGGAAUUCUACAGAAACAAAAAUGUAUCACUUGCCCUGGGGUAAUAACCAAAGUUACUAGUAGAAAAAUGCUGAUGUUGUUUGUGGACAUAGAACUGUACGAUAACAUUACUUUUUUUUUUUGGUGAAAAGUCAUGUUCUUAUCCAUUUUCCUUGUGACUUCAUUACUUGUGCAAACUGCUUUCGAUCGCCACAAUAUUUUCACUUGAGAAAGAAAAGAGAAGAUACUGAAUAAUUAGGUGCUGUGGUUCCCCUGGGAUUGCCAACAAGAACAGAUUGGCAAAUCUUAUGCAAUAAAAGGUUUUUGGGUGCAACUCCAUAGUUGAUCUCAGGAGAUCUUAUCAGAACAUUGUGUGCGAACAGAACAGUCACUUUCUGUAUUUUUUUCAGCCGACAUGUGGAUAUAGCAGAGCUGAUGACUUUAUUGUGGCUUUAUUGUGACGGCACACUUUGAUGCGUUUGGUAACCACAUUUGCAGGCUUUUCUAACAAAGAUUGUACUAUUGCUUCAGGUGGUCUUAGUCUGAAGCAGAGCUGAUUGAAGUUGUGCUCCAUGUACUCGUGUCAGUACAAAAGUUUGGAGGUAGCUAUUCGAUAUUUCUGGAGGAGAAUGUGUGGUUAUUCAAUAUUAUAAUCCAGAUUUCAAUUUCGUUUGUACUACUGCUGUCAAGGUAAAAAAAGAAAUUCGAUGUAAAUGCCAAGGGAAUUCUCAUGGCAGCUUUAUUCUCACUGACCUGGGCACCCUGAAUUUUCUCCUGGUCUACUCUGUCCCCAUUUGGCUUGAAGCAUUUUCCUUCCACUUGUUCAUGCAUUGGAAUCCAAGUAUAUAACAACAUUAUAAUCUCAUUUUGGAAAAAAUGGGUUGUUAAAAUCACUAUUUCGGAUGAUUUCUUGGGGGUGGCAUAUUUGUUUCCUUCUGGCUGAAUCUCUUCUUUUUAUGCAUUAGCAGAGCACCUGAAGCUGUGCUGUUCAUCAUGUAACACACCUUUUUCACUGCAUCAUCCAUUGGUGUGUCAAUAGCACAGAUAAAGCAGCUAGCAAACAGAUCCAAGGAGAUAUACCAGAUGUCUGGAAAAGCACUAUGAUCUGAAGUUUGUGAAGUCAUCCAUCAGAUUGAUAAAUCUUGGAUGUGAGAGAACUGUUGGAUGCUUGAAAGAAUAAUCGCAAGGCACAGAAGUCAUAUCAUUGGGAGUGAAUAAAGCUACGAAAGAUACUGACUGGAUAAAGCUAUAUAUGAAAGAUACUUUGGUAAGACAGUAAACUCUUCCUGAUCGUUCUAACUGUCCAAGCUCAGAGAUUGCAACAUGGAAGAACAUGUAACAGUUUUUAGCUAUCAACUGAUUUAUUUUGGACGAUCACUGUUCUCUUCUGGAGUUUGGGAGGGCAGAAUAUACAACCAUGGAUAGUGAAGAAGCAAGAAUCAUAUACAAUUUAAUUUCCUUGGAUGCCUGCAGGUAGGAUGUGGACUUAUUGAGCAAGGUGACCAGCCAUACUUGCCCUUUUCUACUGACUUAGACAGCCAUGCCUUCUACUGACUUGACAACAAUAUAUGUCCUUUUCCACACAAAAGAUGUGCUCAUAUUCAGGCUAUUUAUAAUAGAUGAAAAUAUGUCAACAAGAUUCCUACUUCAGAUUGGCUCCUAGAUAGGAACAAGAAAAGAGAGUAGUCAUGGAAUAAAGCUAGAUGCUCUAGAGAUAUCCUUUUGUCCUAUGCAUGUAAGUCUACUCCUUUCGUCCCAAUAUAAAUGCACUUAGGACCGGAUAUAGCAUUUCAUAGUACAACGAGAUAUUGGUUAUACUAUGAAAUGCCACAUCCGGUUCAGGUGUACUUAUAUUAGGACGGAGGGAGUACAAAAGAGAAAUUACUGGCAAGAAAAUUUGAUUUUCAGGGUGAUGGUAUCCGCAGGUAAGUUUCACAUGCAAAUGAAAAUGUAAAUUGUCUGUUAACGAGUGAUUGUGUUAGCAUAAAUGUUUUUCACAUGCAAAACAAGACUAUAUGCAAUUUUGCAGACUUGAUAUA